AUGGGAAGGAAGGGGAAAUGGAUAGUGGCUCUGAAGAGGGUCUUCUCCUCCACCUCCAACCAGAAGCCAGAGAUCAAGGUAUGUAACUGGUAUUGUAGAAUAAUGUUGACUUUUGUUCUAUCAUGCAUGAGAAUCUUAUGGGUUUGAACGGUUGAAAUCGGAGCACUGAUCAAUUUCUUCAAAAUGAUAUAUCGAUGCAUGAUUCAUAAAUGGGAACUGGAAUGAAGGAUAUAUCCACUAAAAUAAGAAACGAUAAAGAACAAAGAAGUGAGAUAGAGAGAGGAACUCUUUGGCUUACCUGGAGAGAAGUGAGGCAUGGCGUUCUUUGUCAUCCCAUGUCCUGGAUCGGCUUCCUUUAUUGGGUUGCAGGGGGAAGAUGGGAGCUUUGUCAAGGAGGAGGAGGAGGAGGAGAAGAAGAAAAAGAAGAAGAGGGACGCAGGGAAGCCAACUGGGAAUUGCAGCACAAAGUCUGCCACCCACCUCCACAAAAGACUCAGUGGCAUUGAAAGGAUACUGGGGGAAGCCAAAUGGGAGCGGCACGGGUUGAACUUGGCGGCCCCAGUGGAGGUUCAGUUCCCUGGCGGCACCAGAAAAGAGAAGGUUCUUCCUCUGCCACCACGAUCUGCCCCAUCAGAGAAGCAAGCUGACGAGCAACCCAUAGAUCCCCUUCCAAGGAUCGCCAUUAGAUGUCUCCAGAGGUCGGCGAUAAGGAUCCAAGCAGCCUACAGAGGUUACAAGGUUAGAGAUCAAACCCUUGGAAAAAAUUCCAAUAUUUUUCCCACAAUUCAUCCUGAAAAAAUUGAAGGAGAGAAGAUUGUACCUUCAGGCAAGGAAGAGCUUCAGGGCACUGCUGAGACUCCACCGCACAAUAAGAGGGCCGGGUGUAAUGCGGCAGACCAUGAAUGCCAUGAGACUGAUGCAGCUGGUCACAAGAGUCCAGUCCCAGAUAUGUCAAAGAAGGGCCCAGGGGAUGGUGACUCCAUUGAUUUAUGAGAAGGAAGAAGCCAGUGGUACCCUUGGCCAAUGGAGCCCGAGCAUCAGAGUAACAGAGACCCUUUGCACAUCCCCUUCCUCUGCAUAAUUAUCCUCAGCUACUGGAUUUUGAUGCUCUCAGCGUCUUCCAGCCAUCAGAUUGUGGGAUCCUUCUUCUGUGCAGGUACAUAGAGAGGCAGAAACCCGGUGGGAGUGGGAUGCGAGCUUGCUGUCCACAGAGGAACUGAAUGCGAGGCUGCAGAAGAAGGUGGAGGGGAUCGUCAAAAGGGAGAGAGCUCUGGCCUAUGCAACCUCCCAUCAGGUAUCUUCACAUCAGAAGAAGCUCUUCUCCCAUGACUGAAGACACGGGCUUAACAUGAUAUCUUCUCCACCAGCUCCCAAAGACACCAACUAGAUUGCCCCCUUCCUCCCUGAAGGAAUUGAAGGCCAGAAGAAGCACGGGUUGGUGGACGUUCAAGGGGCUUUUCCAGAUGGGCCAAUCUGCUAAGGAGAGGGCAGCCACACCACUGGCCAAGGCCAAUGCACCGACCUGGGAACAGGCCGGCAGACACAGAAGGAGCCCCAGAUUUGGUCAUGACAACCACAUGAUGAACUGGGAAGGAAGCUGCCACCUGCCGCUGAGGGAUGAUGAGAGCCUGACGAGCUGCCCCGCUUUCACUGUGCCCAGCUACAUGGCUCCAACGCUUUCUGCAAGAGCAAAGGUAAAAGACUAUAAAUUCUACAAAGAGAGUCCAAAGAUGGAGACAAAGAAGAGGUUUUCCUUUGGACUGACACAGAACAUUGAGACCUUGAAGUGGAAGAAGAGUUCCCAGCCUGCAACCAAGGAAUCAAAUCACCAGAUAAUCAGAGGGAAGCACAGGAUGACGAACUCCCUAGGGAGCCUGAGCGUUGAAUCAACAGCUUCUUUACCAGUGGGAAUUAGGAGGAAGCCUUUCGAGUGA